AUGGCCAAGCACACGCCUCUGAGGGCUCUGCUGCUUGUAAGCGGCGAGUCGUGGAUCUUUGGCAAGAAGCUCGAGCAUGAGUCUGAGUUCCAGGAGUCCAAGCAGAAGCUCCGUGCUUGGGUGAACAUGGGCGCGGAUAGUCUGGUGGCAUUCUGGCAUGCUCUGAAAAUCCUCAGGGGUCAAUUUGGGUUAUCACUUAGCGAACCUCGUCGACCAAGCACCGAUCUCUCGUUUGCGCCAACAACAAUGCUACACCAACCAUGGACGAUGUAUCUGGCUGCGCUAAUCUGCUGGGCACAUGGUCUCUGGCCAUCUAUCUCUUCCGGCAUUGCGGCUCAUCAGCGGUCCCGAGCCGGAUCGGUUGCAAGCGCAAGCGGGUCACAUCAUUCACACUCCAGCCAUACAUCUGGGCAUCCGCAGGUACUCAGCAAUGUAGAGGCAUCUUACAAUGCCAAAAUAUACCUGCAAGCUACAGACGUGGACGAGCCGACGGAUUUGGCACAAGUCGAUCCUGCCAUGAUGGGCAAUUUCCACGGUCUCCUGGAAAUGGUUCGCAUCCACAAGAUUCAACCGCUCUUAGGAGGUCUCAUGAAUGAGGCAGAACGAGUUCUCUACCGCUUGGUGGAGGGCAAAAGCAACCUUUCGCAAUUCUGA